AUGGAGGGCAUCCCUGCUAAACUUGUAGAGAACGAAGCCCAAGGUAUAGUGAACUUGGUGAAAAAUGAAGCUCAAUAUUUAUGUUGCUUCAAUAGUUAUGUUCAAGAGUAUGAGCAGGCAAAGGAAAGAUUGAAUGCAGAACUCGAAGAUGCAAGGAGAAGAAUUGAUCAAGCAAGAGGUGUUUCUCAUAUCACAUCUGUAGCCCUACAAUGGACACAUGAAGCUGAAAAAGUCAUUGAUGUUGACACUAAGAAAGAUAAAUGCUUUAAUGACUUGUGUCUUAAUUGCUGGCAUCAAUAUCAAAAAGGCAAAGACUUGGCGAAGCGGACUCUAGAUAUUGAGAAACUUCUAGAGAGAUGUAACUUUAACAUAGUAGCAGGGCCAAUUGAUCUUCCAGGUAUAAAAUACCAUUGCUUAUCAAAUUUCAUGCAUUUUGAGAGCAGAAAAUUAACAUUUGAAGAACUUAAAACGGCACUCGAAGAUGAAGAAAACAAUAUGAUUGGAUUGCAAGGCUUAGGGGGAACAGGCAAAACUUCAAUGGCAACAGAAGUGGGUGCUGAAUUGGAAGGAUCUACAUUCGGAAAAGUCAUCUUUCUUGUUGUCUCUAAGCUUUCAGAUUUCAAAAAGCUGCGACGUGAAAUUGCUAGGAAUUUGGGUUUGGAAUUAAAGGAUGAAGCGACGGAAGAAGAAAUCCAUGACAAAAUAUUGACCGAAAUCAAAGCAUUAAAAGAAAAACUUCUUAUAGUACUAGAUGAUGUGUGGAUGGAGUUUGAUCCCACAAAGGAGUUGGGGAUUCCUCCUCGUCAACUGCACAAGGGUUGUACUAUAUUGAUAACCACUCGGAGCAAAGAGAUUUGUGCAAAAAUGGGAGGUUGGCACAAAAUUGUGGAGCAUUGCCAUGGAGUACCAAUUGUAAUUGUAGCUGUAGCAAGAUCAUUAAAAGAUCGACCUUCUAUAGUUUGGAAGGAAGCCUUGAGGAACUUGCAAAGAGGUGAGCCUAUAUUAAGGGUUCGUGAUGAUGAUUUAAAGUGGGUCUAUGAAGGUUUGAAGUUGAGCUAUGAUAAUUUGAAAAAUGAAAAAGCCAAAAAGCUCUUAUUGAUAUCUUCCCUAUUCCCUGAAGAUUUUGAGAUUCCUAUGGAGUUUUUAAUCAGAAUUGGUGCAGCAAUGGGCCCUUUUCGGGAAGUUGAUGACUACAAUGAAAGAAGAAGAAAAGUAAUUGAUGCUAUAGUGGAACUCCUAGAUUCUUCUUUAUUGUUGAAUGCAGCGAGGGAAUGUGUAAAGAUGCAUGAUUUGGUUCAUGAAGUAGCCUUAUUGAUAGGAGAAAGGGACGUUCAAUCUGUCAUUGAAUCUAAACCGCCUAAUGAGGGCUUGCAAUGUUUAUUUUGUAAAAGCAAUUGUUUUCCAAGACAAUUUGAUGAUAGAAACCUUGAGGUUUUACUUUGGGUUCUGGAUAACCCAAAGGAUUUGGAAGUCCCUGAUACAUUCUUUAUAGUGAUGAAAAAGCUCAAAGUUUGGUUUCUAUGGAGUGAAACUUACUAUCGAAUUUCAGUUCCAUUACUAUUUUCGUCAAUUCAGUCAUUACAAAAUAUUCGAACUCUCAAGAUAGGAAAUCUUGAAUUAUGCAACAGCAUCUCUAUGUUGGGAAGGUUACCAAAUCUUGAGAGUCUAUGGUUCGAUGAUUGUUCAAUUAUUAAAUCACCUGGAGAAAAUUUUGAGCUAAAGAAGUUAAGAUUCUUGAGGAUAGAAAAUUGUGAAAUCAAUAUGAGUAAUCCUUUUGAAGCGAUUGAAGCAUGCCCAAAGCUAGAGGAGUUGACUUUUUUGAGUAAUAAGUAUGGUACGGAGCAAAUAGAAAAUACAAUUUCUCAUAAAGCAUCUUUUCAUACCUUACAGAUAUAUCAAAUAUCUUGUGAUGGUGAUGAUGAAUUUUUAGAUUAUUUUGAGCAAUGUGGUUCCCUGUCAAGAUGCUUUAAGCCAAGUUAUUUGAGGCAUUUAAUCUCUGAGACAACAUUUAAGCAACUUGUUAAAACAGCUAAGCUUCUCAUCUUAAAAGGUUAUGGAGAAACAGAACAGAAAAAUCUUGUCCCUGGUAUUGUUCCAGUAGAAAACAAAGGCACGACUGACUUGAUCAUUCUUCAAUUGAAUUCUUGGCCUGACAUGCAAUGUCUCAUUGAUGCUGCGAACAAUCCUCUUGAUGUGAAGAAUGCCUUUUCCAAUUUAGUUGGACUAUAUCUUUCUGAAAUGGGACUAAGCAAUAUAUUAUUUAAGGGCCACUAUAACCUGUAUCAUCUGAAGACCUUGAAACUGAAGAGCUGUCGAAAGCUGACGUCAAUUUUCCUCCCAUCCACUGCUCAAAGUCUUUCACAGUUAGAGGAGUUGAAUAUUAAGAGAUGUGAUGCAUUGGAAUGCAUUGUAGAAGAUAAGAGUUCAAGUGGGGAAAUAGCUGGUGGUGAUGGUGACAAUGAUCAAAAGAGCUACGACACUCUGUUUCCAAAAUUUAAAAUUCUUGAAAUUGGUUGUUGUGACAAUUUAGUAAUAAUAUUGCCAAUCCUUCACGGUGGAUGGCCUCUGGAAAGAAUAAUCAUAAGGCAGUGCAAGAAGUUGAAAUAUAUAUUUGAUAAGUUCCAAGAGGUCAAUGUUAUGCUCCCCUCUCUGGAAAGAAUGCAACUUGUUAGUCUGUCAAGUCUGGUUGGUGUUUUCAGGGAGUAUGAAAAAUCCACCUCUUCGUCACCAAAACGACCAGCACCCAUACCUCCAAGCACCAAGACACGUUCUUUUUCUUGGGCUCAAGUAUGUUGUUUUAAAUCAAAGGCCACAAGCAAAGAGGCUGAUGGUGCUGUUUCUACAGGAAGAUUGCUUGACGAAGGAAUUCCACAGGAAUUACUUGCAUCAAAGAAAUGGAUUGAUACUGUUCCAACUCUUGUGAGACAACUAGCACUCUAUGUUCGUCAUAUCAGGAAAGUGGAACUUGCAUAUCUCUCUUCAAAUUCAGUGUCAACUUUGUUCACUUUAUCCAUGGCAUCAGUGAUAGAAUGGGAAGAAUUGACAAUCAGGGGUUAUGAUGGGCUGAAGCACUUGGUAACGAGCGAGGAGGAUGAUUAUAAAGAUGAAAUCAGUUGCAAUUCCAUUUUCCCAAAGUUACAGGAACUUCAUAUCUCAGAGUGUAAUGAUUUGGAAUUUUUAUUUCUGUCUGCAAUAUCUAUAAAAAUUAAGAAUUUAAAGUCCUUGAUAAUUGAAGAUGCUCCUCAGCUAACACAUGUCAUUGAGAAAUACCAGCAUCAGCAUCGUUUAUCCAAUCAAAAUCAAAAUGACGAGUGGCACUUUGAUCUCCCUGCUUUGGAGGUCCUCUGUUUAGACAGAGUACCUAAGUUUAUCAGCAUUGGUCCCAUGAAUUAUAAAGCACAACUGGAUUUGAAUACCACAAAGGAAUUAGACGCAUUUGGAAGCAGUUAUCCAAGGUCCAUUGUUUUGAGAGGGUUUUCAGAGUUUACGAGACCUUUCAAUGAAUUUUUGAUUCGUUGGCAUACAAAACAACAGGAAACAAAGGCAAUUGAGAUGCGGAGGCCAACUUUGAAAACUCUUGAAAUUGGAUUCUCUACAAUAAAAGAAAUUGUUGAUUUGACACAUGUGGACAAAGAGAAAAAUGGGGACGGACUUGAGCCAUUGACGUCAAGCUUACAAAAGUUGGAGUUGGAAUAUCUAAGUGAGUUGGUGAAUAUAUGUGUGGGGCCUAAACAUAUCAUAUGCUUCCCUUGUCUUCAAAAGCUACGCAUUGAGAGAUGCGGAAAGCUCAAAGUUAUCUUCUCCCCAUCUGUGGUGCGAAGCUUACCAAUGUUGAAAGAACUACAUAUAUUAUGGUGUAAAGAAUUGGUUAACAUUGUUGAAGAAGAUAAUGGAACAAAUGAUGAUGAUCAUUUGCACCAUGAACCAUGCUUUCCUAACUUAGAAGAGGUCCGUGUCAGUGGGUGUCGCAAAUUGAAGUACCUGUUUUCUAUCACUAUUACUGGUAUCCUUCCAAAACUAAGAUUUUUGAGGAUAAUGGGAGCCAAGAGACUUGAGCAUGUACUGGAGGCACCAUCUCAUACAAGUCCCAACUUCAAUGUUCUUCCUACAAGAGACAACACUCAUGCAAGUGCCAAAAGUUUUGAAGAGGAAGAAGAAGAAGAGGGAGAUGAUGCUCAAGUUUCUGACAAAUCCCUUGCCCAUGCCAUUGUCUCAAGUGGAAGUGAUAAUUUAAGAGUUGAUCCAGAAAUUACAACUACUCAGCUUUCUAAUCACUCUCAAAAUCAAGAUUCUGAAGUUGGGGAAGAGGCAGAGCAUAAUCUUUCUCCCCAUUCAAAUGGAAGACAAGCCAUGGAAGCACAACAAUCCACAACUGGUGGCUUGAUAACUUUACCACAUCAUCAAAGCAAGGUAAAAGUAAAGAGAUCUUUAUUGAAAGAGAAGCCUGAGGCUUCCGUUCAUGAUGGGAUAGAGUCAAAUGUUAUUGAGGAUGCAAAGUUGUCAUUGUCACCAUUUUCUACAGCUAUAGAGAUGAUGCCUUCUCUUCUGGAAGCCAAUAAUCAAACCUCAACUAUUUCUGGAGUACAGGAAAUAGUUGAUAUGAUGAAGUUGGAGGGUUUUGAGCAUUUAAUAUUUGCAAAGGCACUUGAGACUCGCCCACAACUUCGACUCUCUACAAAAGAUAGAAGCGCUCGAGUGUUACAUGUGUCCUACAGGGUAUUGCUUGAUAUCUUGAACAUUCUAAUCACCAAGACUCCUUUCACAAUCACCGAGGAAGACAAGAGGAUGCUGGCUGAGCAUUUGAAGGAUGCUUAUCUUUUGGGUUUUGACAAGGAUUGGAUUGAGUCUAUAAAGAGUAAGGUUUUUUAUGGUGAGAUAUGUGAAGUUGAUAGCAUCCAAAAUGUUCUAGGGGGUUUAGACAAUGAUCUGCGAAGCAAUGAGGCAAUGCUUGAAGCUAUUCGUGAUGAGGAAGUUGAGGCUGCAAGAGCUACACAAGUGGCUCAACAAGAGCAUGUCAAUGUUAUGGCUCGUCAUGCUCAUCUUCUAAAAGAACGUCAAGAUAUCAUAGAACGAAGGCAACAAUGUUGGGAGAUAAUUGCUGCUAAACAUAGGCCUUUUGGAUUUUAG